UUCGAGCGACUGGGGGGGGAGGGAAGUCAGACUGUUACAGACUGUCAUUCGAGUAGAAGCGUCUCAGGGAGUAGAGUAUCAACAUCGAGGACAACCGACGGAAGAGGAACAUUUGGGGUAUGAGAACCGCCAGAAUCUGGUCCCAUCCUGCGCUGCCCAAGGCCCAGUCUGACUGACAACCAUCGGAUCAGUACCGACCCCGACCCACCUCUCGGAAAAACACAAUAUCGGGCGCACGGGUGACCAUGGAGCUGAGAGUGGGGAAUAAGUACCGGCUGGGAAGGAAGAUUGGGAGUGGCUCAUUUGGGGACAUCUACUUGGGUGCCAACAUAGCGACUGGCGAGGAAGUGGCCAUCAAGCUGGAAUGUGUGAAGACCAAACACCCACAGCUGCACAUCGAGAGCAAGUUCUACAAGAUGAUGCAGGGAGGAGUGGGAAUCCCCUCCAUAAAGUGGUGCGGGGCGGAGGGCGACUACAACGUGAUGGUGAUGGAGCUGCUGGGUCCCAGCCUGGAGGACCUCUUCAACUUCUGCUCCCGCAAGUUCAGCCUUAAGACUGUGCUUCUACUGGCUGAUCAGAUGAUCAGCCGCAUAGAAUACAUCCACUCCAAGAACUUCAUCCACCGGGACGUCAAACCCGACAACUUCCUCAUGGGCCUGGGCAAGAAAGGAAACCUGGUUUACAUCAUCGACUUCGGGCUGGCCAAGAAGUACCGCGACGCCCGCACCCACCAGCACAUCCCUUACAGGGAGAACAAGAACCUGACGGGCACCGCCCGCUACGCCUCCAUCAACACCCACCUGGGCAUAGAGCAGUCCAGGCGGGACGACCUGGAGUCUCUGGGCUACGUGCUCAUGUACUUCAACCUGGGCUCCCUGCCGUGGCAGGGCCUCAAAGCAGCCACCAAGAGGCAGAAGUACGAGAGGAUCAGCGAGAAGAAGAUGUCCACUCCCAUCGAGGUGCUCUGCAAGGGCUACCCCUCGGAGUUCUCCACCUACCUGAAUUUCUGCCGCUCCCUGCGUUUCGACGACAAGCCAGACUACUCGUACCUGCGCCAGCUCUUCAGGAAUCUGUUCCACAGACAGGGCUUCUCCUACGACUAUGUCUUCGACUGGAACAUGCUUAAAUUUGGCGCGAGCCGGACGGCGGAGGACGGGGAAAGAGAGCGCCGGGCCGGGGAGGAGAGGGAUGAGAGGAUUGUGGGAGGUCCCCGGGGAUUGGCAGCUCGGGCGCUGCCCCCAGGUCCCAACCCGCCGGCCGCCAACAGGGUGCGGAACGGCCCGGAAGCAGCCGUCUCCAACCCCGCUUCCCGGGUACCGCAGUCCGGCAACGCGUCCCCCCGGGCCGUCUCCCGCGCAGAGAGGGAGAGGAAGGUGAGCAUGCGGCUGCACCGCGGGGCCCCCGCCAACGUGUCCUCCUCCGACCUCACCGCCCGCCAUGACCAAUCCCGCAUCUCCACCUCACAGGUGAGCAUGCCAUUUGAGCACCUGGGGAAAUGAUCCCUGCAGCUCUUCUCUCACCUGCUGGACACUUGACAGGGCUUCAAAUGAUACCCCAUCCCCCCUUUUUUAAUUGCCAAUGAGACAAACCGAGAGAAAGAGACAGAGAGAGAGAAGAUGGAGAGAUGAAGAAAAAGCAGGUCAAACAGAGGAAGAAUGGAUGACGGUUAGCUGAGGACAAACAUGACAGGCCCCCCGCCUCAAAAAUUUGAAAGCCACAAGGAGCCCCUUCAGAUCAUUCCACUACCAUGGUAACCCUGACACACUGCCACCCACACCCUCCGUACCCUGCCCCUGGAUAGCGAAGAAGGCUUGGGUGUUCUUUAUUUUUGGAGGUGGUGAAUGUGGGGGUACAGUUAAGCUAAGUAGGUUGCAGUAUUGCUUAAAUGGAACGUCGUCAUCGGCAUAUGCAUAUUCAAGUGGACGUGCAAAGUUGGAUUUAAUCGGAACUUCAUUUUGCUUGGUUUUGUUGUGUACACAGUGGGAGCUGUGGUGUAACCAUGGAUGUGAAGUUAAGGGAAAAAAUUUGUCCACAAAUACAGAUACGCACUUGCAGGUUACGGACUUCUUAUUUUCACCUGCGGUUUUAAACCACCACAGCUCAGUUGCUGUGUAUAAAAUCAUACAAAUACCAGCUUUGCAAAAUCCUUGUUGGGCGGUUCUUGUUUUGGGGUGGAGCUUAUAAAAACGACAUUGUCCUUUUAAGAUUUGGUUUUAUAUUUGCAAAAACAAAAAAAAGAAAAAACUGGAGAGACUGUAUGUGAGACCGAUGGACAGAUAUGGAAGGUGUGUUACAGAAAGGAGAAGGAAUAAGUGAAUUUGAGCCAUUCUUGUUUUUUCUUCAUUGGCUGUUAGGGGACUAGCCGCAAUACCACCGGGGGCUUUGGCUCCACUGCUGAUGUCUUACUGAAGAAUCUUAUGUGUGUUUCUGUGCGCUAGGUCUUAGCGGCCUUGUGCAGCUGGGAGAUGGUGACCACAUGCUGAAGUCACAACUGAGAAAGAGAGAGAGAGAGAGAGAGACUGAGGAAGAGCGUGGUCAACCCACCCGCUCUCCUUGCCAUCCCUUUUUCAUCCCCCCUUCCCCUCUCCUUCUCUCUUUCACUCCCUCACAGGUGUUGUCGUUCCUGGAUUUUAAUAACAAAUAUGAGGGCUGCGGCGGUGGGGGGAGUAAAGGAUUUUUUCCGUUUUAAUUUCAGAAGAUGCCACGUCUCUCCCGGUCUGUGGUUUCGGUGGAAAAUUGGGGCUUUCUUACCGUGUCGCCCUGUGAUGCCCCUUUCAGUCUGUGCUCAUGGUUACAUUUUUAAAAAUAAUUGUUCUUAUUGUCAACCUUGUCAUUUCAGUGCAUUUUUUUUUAGUUUGGGGAGCAGUGGAGUGAGAGAGAGGUCAUGGUACACAAUGGAUUUAUGUUUUUAUUUUUUAUUUUUUAACAUCACUGUAAAUAUAUAUUUUUUUGAUUUCUGUGUAAAGCCAAAACGUGGUUGUUUGUUUUAAGUUGUAAUGUAGAACAAGAAAAAAAGUAAUUGCAUUAAAUGGGCUGGGUUAUAGAGUAAAAUAAUAAAAACGGUUCAAUACGGUGGGGAUAUAGAUGUAGUUACACUGCCAGUUGGGUCAUCCGUUCUCCUUUUUUAAAUGUUAAGGCGGUAGAUAUUGUGAUUACCUUCUAACAGCAGAAUGUCUGUUUCUCUGAACAAGUGCACAGGCUGUGCAGACUCCCCCGAGACAGGUUCUCCUGAUCCUCAAAAUAUGCAUUAUCAGAUCCGCCUUAAGAUUUUAGAGAAUGCAAAAAAAAAGUCAGCAAAUUCUGUGCUGAUUCACUUUGGUUAAUCCUCACUCUUGUUUUUACCGUCUUUCCUAUGUGAAUGCGCAUGAGACCAGUUUUUUUUUUUUAACCAAUUUGGCCCAGUUACCGAUCAACUUUUUCCCAAAAAUACGGGUGCUUUUGCACCGCCUGCAGUGACUUAUUGUAGUGUCCACAGGUCUCUUCCGCAUUACCUGUGAACUUGUGUUCCAGUACGGGAGUUGACUGACAAAUUGACUGAUUUCAUUUGUACAGUGACAUCUGGGAAAGGGAUGCUGAAGUAAUUGUGAUGUCAUGUCAGCUCCUUGUAAUGAUGUCAUUGCUGAUAAACUGGUUACGCCACACGCACGUGGUCUUUGCUUUGCUGACCCAGUGGCAGUGUGACACUAUUGUGGGGAGGGUUCCAAACGGGGUGGCUUUUUUUUUCCGGGGGGGGGGGGGGGGCGUUCACUUUAUGUAUUGUGUACUGAUAUCUUGUACAGUUCUUUAACACACUUUAACUUUAUUUACAACAGUAUUUGUGUAUAUUUUAUGAAGUAAUAAUAAAAAAAGAAAAUUAUUCCAAGCA